UUCUUUUCAGAGUUUUCAAGAAUGGAAUUAAGACAUUUUGUUCGUUUAGAGGAGCUUUGUCCAAUCUGUGGAGAUACAGUUUCUGGAUAUCACUACGGUCUGCUGACCUGCGAAAGCUGCAAGGGUUUUUUCAAAAGAACGGUCCAAAACAACAAGAAGUACAUCUGUGCAGAAAACCAGGCAUGCUGCAUUGAUAAAACUCAGAGGAAACGGUGUCCGUUCUGCAGAUUUCAAAAGUGUCUUCAAGUUGGCAUGCGACUGGAAGCUGUUCGUGCAGAUCGUAUGCGUGGUGGCAGAAACAAGUUUGGCCCUAUAUACAAGCAAGAUCGUGCCCUCAAGCAGAGAAAGGCUUUGAUUCAAGCUUGUGGAUUCAGAAGUGAGAGCAAAGCACCUCUGAUCUUCUCAAAAUCCCAGCGUGUCUCUAACUUUACUGGUGGCCUACAACCAGAAUCAGUCCUUCACAGCACCCUGUUGACCAAAGCACAGAAUGACAGUAUGAGCUACUUGUCUCCACCACUUCUGCCCUCCAGCUCACCUUGUGGCACAAAGUAUCAUUGCUUCUCCUUUUCAAACUGGACAAUCAGACCAGAGCACACAGAGAACUGUACAAGUUCACAGGGCCCUGCUGCAGGAAUCCACACAGACUCAGACUCAAGCUCUACACAAGGUCCCAGGAUGCCUCAGCUAGUGAUGGAGUUUUUGCUCUGUGAUCUAGAUCAGCUACAACUCCAGAAAAAGGUCAUUACUUCUCUUCAGCAGGAGAUGGCUAGCUGGAGGAAACACAGGAACCCCACUACUUUUACCCUGAUGUGCCACAUGGCUGAUCAGAUGGUGGUCUGUAUUGUGGAGUGGGCUCGCACUUCCAUCUUCUUUAAACAUCUCAAGGUGUGUGAUCAGAUGAAGUUACUGCACCACUGCUGGAGUGAACUGUUGAUCCUGGACAUCAUUUCCGGACAUGUUCUUUACAACAGGGAUGGCAGCUUGCUUCUGGUCACUGGGCUGGAGGUGCAGCUGUCAGACAUAGCAUCUCCUACCCUAGCCAACCUGAUCCAGAGUGGAAAAGAGCUGAUUGAUAAGCUCCAUACCCUGAAGGUGGACUGCCAAGAGUUUGCCUGUAUUAAGUUCCUCAUCCUCUUUAACCCAGGUGUGAAAGAACUUGAAGAACAUCAGCUCAUAGAGAGUGUGCAGGAGCAGGCUGAAAGAGCCCUCCUGGAAUAUACCCAAUGCACCUCUUCUCAGCACCUUGGACGCUUUACUAAUCUGCUACUGUGUCUCUCUGAGUUACGCUCUCUCAGCAUUCUUGCUGAAGAUUACCUGUACUGCAGACAUCUUAAUGGUGAUGUGCCCUGCAACAACCUGCUCACUGAGAUGCUCCGUGUGAGGCACAGCUUGGCAUGAAGACUGUCUGCAUAUGUUACUAUUGAGUUGAUGAAUGUCUUGUACAAUGAGUUAUCCUUAAUAUUAGUCAGUGCUUAUGGCAGAAUAUACAAUAAAAAUUAUAUAAAGGACAUAAAUAGAAAAUUUGUCAUAAAGGGGAGAAUGUGACGUAUAAACCAUUAACAUUCUACUUUGUGUGUUUUCAGUUACUUAAGGUGUAGAACAUGUUUAUCCCCUAUAUCUGAUUUCAUUUCCUGUUUACAUUUAAGAAAGCUGUAGUUGCUAAAUACAAGGGACCUUUUAGGGACACAAGUUACAAACAGCUGCAUCUGGGUAUAAACAUGUGUAAUAUUGUGAUGUCCUUUGUCAGAUCUCCUGAAUACACCUGUGUAUGAGCUCUGUCCUUCAGCUGAAUUAAGAUUUCCUCUGCAACUCUUAGUGUUACUUUAAA